CUCCCCGGCAGCUUGGCGCUCCUCUUCCAAAACUGCUUGCUGUUCUCAGCGGCCAUUGCUCUGGCAGGGGGAAGGCCUUGUAGGCGGGCCAAGGGGUUGCCUGGCGAGAUGCCCCCAGACCCCGCAAUCUGAGGGCCAACCCAGGCCGCUUCCCCGCCGCCGGUCACCCGCUCCCAGCUCCUGGGGACGCCAUCUUGGAUGUGGGCACCCCUCCACCCAGCACCGCUGCCAUUGGUGGGCUGCGCAAGCCGUGGACGGGCCGACCAAUCGGGAGCCGGAAUCCUGCAGGCCGCUGAAGCCAACGGGUAACGUCAGGGUCUGGGCACACAGGUGGACGGGGAAGGCGGAGCUUGGACGAGCAGAGAGGCGGGGCUCAAAGUUCCUAACCCGCAAGAGGGAAGAAGCAGGAGGUGCUCUGGUAAAACAAGUAUAAAAUGAACGUCAGGAUGUUGUCCCUCAUGGUGGGCAUCUUCUCUGUCCUCAAUACCAUCCAGUUCUUCAUCUUUGACGUGAACCACAUGACACACAUUGGCUAUGAGGCCAAGUUCCACAUCUACAUGGACUCAAAGUCAGAGCUAGUCACUUGGAUCCUGUCCAACAGGGCUAACAUCAGCACUGGCCUCUCCUUCACCACCAUCAUCAUCAGCUGCUUCCUCCUUUAUAGUAUCCACAAGAAUAUCUACACGGGGCUGCUGAUCUAUGCCAUGUGGAUCAUCACUUACGAGUGCAUCAAAUUCUCCAUAGUCCUGGUCCUCAACAGGAUCAUUGAAGAUUUCUUCAAGGAGCUGAGUUACUUGCACUGGAUCUUCCAGAUCUCGCACAUGCUCCUGCACUUUUUCUGUCUGCCCUUCAUCGUCAAGCAUGCACACAACCUUUACAAGGAAUCCCAGACUGUGAGCAGGAAACGCCGCCACAUGCUCUCCUCCACCACUGCAGUGAACUCAUGACCACCUGUCUGUCUGGGAAUGUUGUACCGGAAAUUAAACUGAACCAUGCCAGGAAAGGUGGGAGGGAAUGGUGCUCCUCAACAAUGGAAUCUCCCCACCCUGCCUGGCUUCUGUUGAUGCUGCUUGGUUUGUCAGGGCUUUUGAGUUUUAUGCACUGAGGAAUGAUUCUCGGGAGAGGGCAGGUUGUGCGGAUCAAUUAUUUUACAGAUGUGUUGUGUGACUUGUUUUAGCAGUUAAUGAUAUGUGGCCUUGUGCUUACUUAACCAUCUCACUGGUGUCUGUUUUUGCCUC